GCAAACAUUCCCGCCCCACGAUCAUACGUACUCUUGACAUAGCAAGCCACUCCAGCAGCGUACAACCCCGUGAUUAGUCCAGCACUGUGACUGACGGCCUAGCAUUCUCCAUCUGCUCCUUAACUCUCAGAUCCCCUCUGGUCCACCAGAAGCUCGUCAAGAUGCACACAGUAUCCCAAAGCAGCGGGCCCAAGGCGCCUGUCGUAUACGCCUUCUGCGUCACGCUAGUCGUUGGACUCCUGCUCCUCUCGCGCCCCUCGUCGCACCACCAUGGCAAGCACAAACACGGCAACCGCCGACGCCUGGACGGCGGGCGAGGCCGGCACGAGCGGGAACCCGGCGAAAAGGUGAUUAAACUGCACCGCGCGACGAAAGAUGUGAACCCGAAGCUGGACCACAUCACGUUCGACCCGCUGGUCGCGGAGAUGGAGACGAAGCAGGACGACCACUCGUGGGAGGAGGCGUACUUCCGCGAGCACCACGAGGAGGUGCACGUGCAUACAAAAGUGGAGCCCGUCUACAGCGUCGGGCACGGCACGGCGCACGCGGGGCACGAGCACGGGCAUGGGGGGAAGCACGCGCAAGGCGGCGGGAACGAGAGCGCGAAACACGGGCACGGGCACGGGCACGGGCACGAGCACGAGCAGGAGCAGGGGUUGGAGCAGGAGGAUGGGUAUGAGCACGGCGAGGAGGCGGUGGACGAGGAGCUGCAGCAUCUGCACGACCACAUGGACUCAGCGCACGUGGAGAGCAAGGUGAACGUGUCGUCGCGCAUCCGCACGCUGUUCCCGCUGAUCGACACGGACGAGCGCGACGGGUACAUCUCGCUGAACGAGCUCGCCAUGUGGCAGGUGCAGCAGGCGCACCGCAGUAGCGCGCACCGCACGCGGCGCGAGAUGGAGAUCACGGACGCCAACCACGACGGGCUCAUCUCGCUCAAGGAGUACCUGCAGGACGACUCGGACGGCGACGAAGUGGCGUCGGAGUGGGACGAGAGUCUGCUGAGCUUCGUGAACCUGAGCAAGGCGCGGUUCCCCAUGGCGGACAUGGACGGCGACGGGCAGCUGAACGAGGAGGAGUUCAACGCCUUCCUGCACCCCGAGGACAGCCACAACGAGAAUCUCACGCGCUCCGUGCGCGACGAAGAGUUCAAGGCGCACGACAAGGACGGCGACGGGCGGCUGAGCUUCGAGGAGUUUUUCGAGAGCGCGUGGGAGGAGGUGAAGGCGUUCGACGACGAGUACGAGAAGUGGGAGGAGCACCGCUUCGCGCCGCACCCCGACACGCUCAAGUUGCCGUCCGAGGGUCAUGACCACGGGCACGGGCAUGCGCACCAUGCGCACGGGCAUGACCGGCAUAAUGCGCAUGAGCAUGGGCAACAUGGGCACCAUGGGCACGAGCACGGGCACGUGGAGGAGGAGAAGCCGCUGGAGGUGCGGCGGGAGGAGGCGAGAAGGCGGUUCCAAGACUCGGACUUGAACGACGACGGGUUCGUGGAUGUGAACGAGUUCGCCGACAACCUGCUGUACGCGCUGGCGCCCAACGAGUACCACUUCGCCGAGGAACAGGCCAAACACAUGCUCACCCAGGCGGACGACAACAAGGACAAGCACCUGUCGCUGGACGAGAUGCUGCGCAACUGGACGGCCUUCUACGACGUGGUGGAGGAGCACUCCGAGCCGCAUGCCGACACACAUGCGCACGAGCAUGACGAUGAUGAGAAUGAGGAUGAUGACCAUGGGUACCACCAUUACGGCCACAAUGGGGAGGAGGAUGACGAGGACUGGGACGACGAUGAGAGCUACAACUAUGAGGACGACAAUGAGGGGCAUGAGGAGUUCCGAUAAGAGGAGCAGUAUGACUUGGAGCAAAACAAACGCCCCCACCCACCUCCCUCCCCCACUGCCCCUCACCUGCAAUUCCUCCACACAUACGUAUUGCCCCAAGCGCUUGCACCUCUUUAUUGAAUGAGGCUGGUUCAGGCUGGUUGCGCUGCAGCGGGAACUCCCCAAUAAGAAGCUAUUAGCCGUACAUAGAUUAGUUAGCUACUCACCAAUAAUAGUCCCAGCAGAGUGGUGCCUCCGCUUAGAGGUGCAGCUGCACUCUGGUGCACUCACUUGGAUAGCUCACCGUAGGCUUUCAAUGUCCAGUGACUAGAAUGGUUUGGUUAACAU